GGGUGCAAUGAAUAUCGGCUAGCAAAAUGGAAUAGAGAUACCCGUGCAUUAAACAAACUACCAGAUAAGAUAAAUGCUUUACAUUGACUAAAGAACAAUUGAAGCUUCUCGAGUUCCGUUUUCACCGCGCGAAAAAAAAUGCCGGGAAGCGUUGGUCAACUGUGGUAAAGCCGGGCGGGCGAAGAAUUACCACAGUCGAUUUUCGCCCCAUCGUUUGACAGUUCUCGAAUGCUCUCGAAAUCCAAACAAACAUUUUCGCCGCAUCUAGAACAAAAAAUCGAGAACGGGAAACUAGAACCAAAAACGUGUGAUUUCGUUGGUGGAAAUACUCUGAGUGCCUAGUGAAAAUGUCGGAGGAAGAUGGAAAAUUCGAUAGCAUCCUGUUUGCUAUGGCAGCCCAGCAUACCGGCGGAGUGCCGGAGAUGCUCGGAACCAUCGCUAGCUUCCUGAACAGAAAGACGGACUUUUUCGUUGGCGGACACGAGGGAGAGUGGGAAAAACUGGUGCUGACGGUGUUCCGUGGGGAAGCGAAAAAGGCACAGGAAGUGGCCGACAAGAAGCGGAAGGAAAAGGAAGCUGAGGAAAAACGGCGACAGGAGGUGCUGCGCAAAAAGCGCGAGGAGGAAGAACAAAGCAAAACGGCCACCGUGACCGAGUUGACCGAGGAAGAGGCGGAAAGUCUACAGAAAGAGCUGGAUGCCAAAAAGAGCAAAGUGGAAGAAUCUCCGGCAGCUACAUCGUCAUCGCCAGCAGCGACGGAAACACCAAGUGAUAAGGCAAACAGCGACAGUGAAGACGUGGAACCGGGCGAUGAAGGUAAGCUGAAGCCGAACCAAGGAAAUGGAUGCAAUCUGGAUCGUUACUCCUGGACGCAGACUCUGCAGGAAAUCGAGCUACGAGUUCCAUUCGAUGUAAAGUUCACACUGAAAGCAAAGGAUGUGGUUGUCGUGAUUCAGCGAAAGUCUUUGAAAGUUGGCCUUAAGGGCCACUCACCCGUUAUUGACGGGGAGCUGCACUGUGAGAUCAAAAUCGAAGACUCCUUGUGGCACUUGGAAAAGAACACGGUCGUGGUCACGUUUGAAAAGAUUAACCAGAUGAACUGGUGGGAUCGGUUGGUAGUGACCGACCCACAAAUCAACACCCGGAAGAUCAAUCCCGAGUCAUCGAAGUUGUCCGACCUCGACUCGUCCACCCGCAGCAUGGUCGAGAAGAUGAUGUACGAUCAGAAGCAAAAGGAGCUGGGCUUACCGACUAGUGACGAGCAGAAGAAGCAGGAUGUUUUGAAAAAGUUCAUGCAGCAACAUCCCGAGAUGGAUUUUUCGAAAUGUAAAUUUAACUAAUAAGUGUGGUCCAGAAAACCUAUGCCAGGCGCAUGCUGCUGCAUGUGGUUGGUUUGCCAUGUGUUCGAUCGUACUAUAAACAUUCACACGGUCGUACCAAGUCCGUUUCGUGGGAUGCUGGGCAUCGUAACCAGUUUGGAGUGUUCUGGAGCGGCAACAGGUACACGUAUGAGAAAAGAGCUCAACUAUGAUGGGCGGUUAUCGCCGUAGCCGUUAGCUGAUGGUAUUAAUUCACAUACAACUUGACAUUACCAAAUCAAACAAUGUAUUCCAAGGUUUACUUUGAUCAUCAUGUGGCAUUCGAAAUGAAAUAAUGAAGUGGUUUCCAAUCGACUUCGCUUUAUUCAUCGCAGUCGGUAUAUGCAGCACAUCAAGUAUCUUGCGUUGACUUUCUAUAAUGUUCUAUUAAACAGACGCCUUUCCCAAAAGAAACGCACAUUUCUUUCAUAAUUCAACUGUACGAGUUUGUAAUUUUCAUCUCACAUUUAUCUGC